GGCGGUAUGUUCGAAUAUUAUGUUUCGUUGACAUUAAUAUUACUCUAAAUGCGCCUUUAGCUUUCAACGAUCAUAUUAUGCAACAUUGUUCUCACCAAUGACAGUAUUCAAUGUUUUCAACUAAAGAGAAAUUAAUACAACGUACAGGACAAAAUGGCGUAGGCCGAUAUGAUUUUUUAAAACUUUUAAUAAAUGAAUUUAAAACGACUUCGUCUAAAGAUGCGAAGGAGCAAGUAUUAGCAAAUUUGGUUAAUUUUUCUUAUGAUCCUAUUAAUUAUGAAUAUUUAAGACAGCUUAAAGUAAUCGAUUUAUUUCUUCAUAUUUUAUCCGAAGAUAAUCCUAUUUUUGUACGUUUUGCUAUAGGAGGUAUUUGUAAUUUAUGCUUAGAUCCAAUAAAUAAAGCAUAUAUCUUACGCAAUCAAGGCAUUUCAUUAGUAUCAUCAUUACUUAAUUCUCGUGACGAAGGAACCAUACUAUCAUCAAUUACAACUUUAAUGUUUAUAAUAACACCCGAAUUUAUAAAUGAUAUAGUUUCACCUACAGUUAUUAAACAUAUGCAUGAUUUUUCUAAUAUAUCUUCUUCAAGUUUAAAAGUUGGAGAUAGGAUAUCAAUUUUUAAAACAAUAACAGACAGUGAUGUGUUAAAUUUUGCAAAGUUAACUAACGAUUAUAAUCCGAUACAUAUUACUUCUGAAAAAAAUAUUGUUCAUGGAGCUUUACUUAAUGGUUUAGUGUCGGGUGUACUUGGUACAAAAUUACCAGGCCCGGGUACAAUUGUUACGGAACAAUUUCUUAAAUUUCCAAAUUCUUGUUACGUCGGUGACACUGUAGAAAUAAUAAUACAAAUAAUAUCUUUUAAAAUGUAUUUAGAGUUUAUUUUUAUUAUUUUAUGUGUAUCAACUGUUUACACAAAAAAUGAUAUCGAUGAAAACAAGAAUAAUCGCAUAGAGUUGUCAACGUCUGAAGAACCUGUUGGAUGUAUUUGUGGUGUCUUUUUAAGUGGACAGUUUAAAAAAGGUACUAAAGAACAGCCUACAGGGAACCCGGCUCUUCUUCACGAACAGUCAGAAUUGUUUCCUUGUACUCCUCUUGGAAACAAACAUUGCAUUAAUAAAUGUGUUGAGAUGAUUAUAAAACAUCUUCCAAAUAGUUCUGAUUUACUUUGUGCUGCAAUAGAUCGUAAUUGUUUGAAAGAAAGAGCAUAUCUUUUCAUACAAAAUUGUGAAAAUAAAUGGAUCAAUACAAAUCUAUCCACUGGUAAAAAGUAUUGCUGCAAGGAUGGGAUUUCUUACAAGUGUCCUAUUGAUAUUAUUUUUUCGAAUAUCCCGCCUUUUAUCUAAAUAUAACCAGAAGAU